AUGGAAGAAGUGCAAUCGAAUCAGUGUGAUUUUGAUGCCGAUCCAGUUCCGACUAUUCCUCGUCCUCAACAUUUCUAUAGUCGAAAUGACGGUCAUCACAUCCGAAAGAUCUUUUUGCAUGAGACUAUGCUCACGGCACAAAGUGCUAUGACGAGAGACGAUCACUUGAUAAUAUUUUUUUGA